CCUUCACGUCCAACCCAAGGCGCUCUCAACGCCAUUAUAGCUAGUACAACUUUUUGUUAAGAGGCGAAGAUAGAUGAACCAUAGGCGCGUUUGGAUAGAUGAACCAUAGGCGCGUUUCUUCUAUCUUGUUUGAAAACUUCCCAUCUGGGUGUUUCCCGUUUUAAGGUAUUUUUGAGGUAUUUUUGCAUGUACAGUGUCUUGUUCGGCGUCAAAUCUUGUCUUCACUCACUGACAAUGUUCGACGGGUUGGCUAAUCAAUAUCUCGGCUCUUUAGUGCAUGCCCCUAGGCAGCUAGUUUCUGAUAAACUAGAAGUACUUGAAAGGACUACAGUUCCGAUAUAUAAGAUUUUUAGGGUUUAGAACUUCAUGCACGUGCUGGAAUUCUACUGAAUAAGAUUUUGAAGAUUCGAAACUUGCUAGCAAGAAGAACAUUUUUAUUGUGCUGAGAAAAUGGACAUGGCUUCUCCGGUUGAUGUAGUUCUAGGAUCCAUUGCUUUUGCAGUCUUUUGGGUAUUGGCGGUUUUCCCUGCAGUACCUUAUAUGCCAAUAGGGAGAACAGCGGGCUCCCUACUUGGGGGCUUGCUUAUGGUUUUAUUCGGAGUCAUGACUCCAGAUCAAGCUUAUGAUGCAAUUGAUCUCCCAAUAAUUGGUCUUCUGUUUGGAACGAUGGUUGUUAGUAUCUACCUUGAAAGGGCAGACAUGUUCAAAUACUUGGAAAAGUUGCUUUCAUGGAAGAGUAUGGGACCGAAGGAUUUGAUUUGUCGAAUUUGCCUGAUUUCUGCCAUUUCAAGUUCUCUUUUCACCAAUGAUACCACUUGUGUGAUUUUGACUGAAUUUGUGCUGAAAAUUGCAAGGCAACAUAAUCUUCCCCCUUAUCCCUUCCUGCUUGCUCUUGCCACAGCUUCAAAUAUCGGGUCUGCGGCAACUCCAAUUGGAAACCCCCAAAACCUGGUCAUAGCAUUUCAAAGUAAAAUUUCGUUUGGGGAUUUUCUUAUUGGAAUUCUGCCCGCCAUGCUUGCGGGUUUAAUUGUGAACGCUUUACUUCUUCUAUGCAUGUAUUGGAGGUUGUUAUCUAUUCCGAUGGAUGAAGAAGAUGCCAUUGGAAAAGUAGUAGCAGAUGAAAAUAGAAUUUUUCCUUGUGAUUCACCAGCCACGAUGUUACAUUCUUCAUCAUUAAACUCUCAAGAAUGGAACUCCAUAUUGGAAACAAUGAGCCCACAAAUAUCUCCCAAAACUAAUACAAACACAGCUUAUGUUGACACUCUUAAAAACCGAGAGAGUUUUGCUGAGAGUGAAAUGAUCCAGAUGUUAUCCAAGAGCGCAGUUGAGUCUAAUGCAGUAAUGAUAACCGUGACAAGUGUUGGUUCUUCCGAGAGAAGUGAGGCAAUUCCACUUCUAUCAGAGCAACAUAGAGUGAGGGCACCAGUCUUCGUAGAAUCUUCGAAACCAGUAGGGAAGGAAAACUUGGCCACAAGGUGGAAAAGGAUAAUGUGGAAACCAUGCGUGUACCUUGUUACCUUAGGAAUGUUGAUUUCGUUUCUUAUGGAUUUUAACAUGUCCUGGACUGCAAUCACCGCUGCAAUUGCUCUUAUAGUUCUUGAUUUUAAUGAUGCUCAGCCUUGCCUAGAAAAGGUGUCGUAUCCGCUUCUAGUUUUCUUCUGCGGAAUGUUUGCUACAGUGGCUGGCUUUAACAGGACUGGGAUCCCAAUCACUCUUUGGGACUUGGUGGAGCCCUAUGCAAAGAUCAAUGAUGUUUUCGGGAUAGCAGUUCUUGCCAUUGUCAUACUUGUACUCUCAAAUUUGGCUUCGAACGUACCAACUGUUCUUUUGCUUGGAUGCCCGGUGGCAUUAUCAGCAUCAGCUAUUUCUGCAACCCAUGAGAAGAAGGCGUGGCUGAUUUUAGCUUGGGUCAGCACUGUAGCUGGUAACCUGUCACUUCUCGGAUCAGCUGCUAACUUGAUCGUGUGUGAGCAAGCUCGCCACGCUCCAGUUGGCUACAAUUUAACUUUCUGGAAACACCUUAAAUUUGGAGUCCCUUCCACUCUUAUAGUUACAGCCAUUGGUUUGGCAUUGUUGAAGAAUGAGAUUUGAUUUGAAGAAUCAUAUUUAGUUAUUCUUAAUAAUUUUUAAUUUAUUAGUUAAUAUCAGCUUAUUUUCUCUUUACAGUUAUUGUCAUAUUGAGUAAUGGGUUUGUAUUGUGAAGUAGUGGUUAUGUAAGAUAUAAAUAUUACAUUGUAAAUGUAUUUACAAGUGUUAUAGUUAAAUGAAAAGAUUGUAAAAAAACUUUGAGUUCAA